GGAGCCAACGACAGUUUCCAACGAAAAGAUCUAAGCUAAACAAGCAAAAUGAAAGCAGCCAUCGUGUUCGUUGUUGUUAUAUUCGCGCUCCUCAGUGUCCUGGAGGCGGUGCCGGCUCCUCAGUUCGGCUACGGUGGCUUUCCUGGCGGUUAUGGAGGCUACGGAGGCUACGGAGGCGGCUAUCCUGGCGGCUAUGGAGGCUUCGGCGGAGGAUAUCCCGGCUAUGGUGGUGGCUUCUAUCCACGACGCGGCUUCGGCGGCGGUGGUUUCGGAGGUGCCAGUGCCUCAGCAUCGUCAUCCGCAUCGGCCGGCGGCGGCGGCUUCUACGGCUAAACAGCUUUUUUACCUUUAAAGCCUAAUCAAAUUAUUAUUUAUCAUUAAAAGCCAUUCCUGUGACUCCAAA